AUGAAUAUUAUAUUCAAUUUCAUAUAUUUUUUAAUUGUAUCCAUUAACUGUGAUGAUAUAAGGAGAAUAUUACCCUUUCCAAGAUUAAGAGAACAAAUUGAGGAAGUAACGAUACAAGCUACGUCAUCUGAAAGUCCUGAUUCCAAUUUGGUUUCAUUCCUCGUUCAAAAUGUUAAAGAAAUAUUUGGGGCUGCUGAUGAACCCACCGUUUUAGUUGACAAAGAAAUUGAUGCGACUACAACAGAAUUUGAAGUUACGACUGAAACAGAAUCUGUAGAUAGAGAAAAAAUUCUGAAUAAGAUAAAUAUCUGUCAUAAAAAUGUCUCGGGAGUAAUUAUUGAUGAAUGUACUCGAGAAAAUAUUCUAGAUAGCACAAAUGAAGAACUAACAGUAACGACAGAACAAUUUUCAAAAGACCGAGAUGUUAUUGUCAUACCUGAAAGCGAGGAAAUAAAGCUUAAUCCUCUUGAAUCGUGGUAUUCUAAAGACCGAGAAGAAACAAGUUCUUUACCUAUACCUACACCGAACUAUAAUGCGUCAACAAAAAGAUCGUGUAUUUUUUGCAACAACGUUGAAGUGGAGUAUUGUGACGAUCCGAAAAAUAAAUUAAUAUCUUCAAUCGUAUGUGAACAAGAUGAAGAUCUAUGUUAUUCUCAACACACUCCAUUCGGUUUAGUCGAUCGUGGUUGUUUUAAUAUAAACCGUAAUAUAACCACGUAUUUCUGUUCUUGUAAUCUCUGUAACUACAUUGCGAUUUCGGAAAUGCCGCACAUAUUUUCAAGGAAACAAGAUUGGAUAGAAAAUGUUAAAGAAAUGUCCAGAUUAAAACGAUUCAGGCGGUCCAUUUUCAAAGACAUGUCGUGCUUGCGAUGUGAAAUUAAUGGUACUACUAAGAGUGGAGAUAUUUUAUAUAGCACUAAUUGUUUGGAAGGUAACAUAGGGUCCUUACCACUUCAAUUAUGUGCGAAAAAUGAGAUUUGCGCAGUAAAAGCCAUUCGCAGUGAAGGAUAUAUGUGGCGAGGCUGCGUGUCCAAACCACUUUAUAACUAUUGGUGGACACUUUGCGAUACUGACCUUUGUAACUACGAGGCAUUAGUAAUGAUUCCAAGUGGAAAGCUCACACGACUGCAGACCGCAGAUUCAAACCGCUGGUCUGGAAUAUUAGAUGUCUCCUUGAUAGAUUAG